AUGACCUUUUUCUCCAGGCAAAAUCUUCAGGAGGGUCUCCGAACCCUCUCUGUUAUGCAGUGGAUUCCAAUCUAUUUAAUUUUAGGAUCUAUUUCCAUUAUCAGUAUACCCUACUUCAUGGUGUUCACUAGAUUCUGGUACUUGGCUGUGCUCGCUUUAGCCUGGCUUGCUUAUGAUUGGAAUACUCACAGUCAAGGUGGUAGGCGUUCAGCUUGGGUACGAAACUGGACCCUCUGGAUGUAUUUCCAAAAUUACUUCCCAGUAAAGCUGGUGAAGACACAUGACCUUUCUCCCAAACACAACUACAUCAUUGGCAGCCACCCCCAUGGAAUUUUCUCUUAUGGUGUCUUCAUCAACUUUGCCACUGAGGCCAGUGGUUUUGCUCGGAUUUUCCCAUCCAUCACUCCCUUUUUAGGGACCUUGGAAGGGAUCUUCUGGAUCCCAAUUGUGCGAGAAUAUGUAAUGUCAAUGGGUAUAUGCCCAGUGAGUGAGUUGGCCCUGGAGUACUUGCUGACCAAGAAAGGCUCAGGAAAUGCUGUGACUAUUGUGGUGGGUGGAGCUGCAGAAGCCCUCUUGUGCCGCCCAGGAGCCUCCACCAUCUUGCUAAAAAAUCGCAAAGGUUUUGUGAAAUUGGCUCUGAAGACAGGGGCAUACCUUGUCCCUUCCUAUUCCUUCGGUGAGAAUGAAGUUCACAAUCAGGAGACGUUCCCUGAAGGCACAUGGUUAAGGUUCUUUCAAAAAAUCAUCCAGGGAGCAUUAAAAAAAGCCCUGGGAAUAAAUUUGUGUACCUUCCAUGGCCGGGGCCUCACUCAUGGAUCCUGGGGCUUAUUGCCUUUCAAUCGGCCCAUUAACACUGUUGUUGGGGAACCCCUGCCAAUUCCCAAGAUUAAAAUGCCCAACAAGGAGACUGUGGACGAGUACCAUGCACUCUACAUCAGUGCCCUGCGCAAGUUGUUUGACCAACACAAAGUUGAAUAUGGCCUUCCUGAGACCCAGGAGUUGACAAUCAUAUAA